CUAAGAUGGAACUGUUGCUGCUGAAUUCUUUAGCCAAUUGGAAUACAUGUUGUCUGUAUAAAAGUGGCGCUCGCAUGCUAGUGCGUUAGUGUGUUCUCCAGCUACAGCAGUUGUUGUAUCUUGAAUAAGCACAAUGCUUUAUCUCUUAAUCAUUGCCAUAAUGGCCAGUACUGGCUGGACCCAACAGUACUUCGUCAGGCGCGACGGCAUGCCAAUAAUAUUUGGUGGCGACAGUGACAAAACAAUGGCUCGAGGCUCUGGUAAUCUUGUUGUGACUCCAGGAGCUACAAGCCAGCCUCGACCUUCCCCACAAACGGCGCCUGUCCAAGAACUCGUGUUUGCUCCACCUCAAUUACCGAGACCACUCCCAACAUCUGUUCCACAGCCUCAAUUCAUCACUCCAUCGUUGUCAUCACUUACUACAGCUUCACCCCUCUGUAACCCCGUUGCUAAGCCUCUGGUUGACGAGGUCCAGGACGGAAAGGCCUACCACUUCUCCUGGUGUCACGACGCUGGUCGAACUUACACCUGGGAGCAAGCAAACUAUUACUGCUCUGGCCUUGGCAACGGCUUCCAGGCCGUCACUAUAGAAAGUCAAAGGAAGCAAGAUAUAAUUUCCACAUACAUUAUCGCACACUACAUCAGCGACAUUUGGACUUGCGGCAACAAACACAACUCGGGGACCUGGUCUUGGCUCUCUGGCGUCUCUUCUUCCUACUCAAACUGGUCUCGCACCGGCAGGCGAGGCCUGCCUCAGCCCGACAACGAUGAGGGCAACGAGAACUGUCUGGCUGUCCUUAACAACCAUUACAACGACGGUAUUACUUGGCACGACUCUGCUUGUUCCCGUUUAAGGAGAGUUAUCUGCGAGGCUCCACAGUUCUACUUGGCAUAGAAUAUUUCGUGGUUAUUUGGCUGGAGAUGGUAUAAGUUUUUGAGAUUUAAUUUGCAAAUAAAAUCUUAAAGCAGUGGAUAUCUCAUGAACAUAA